AGGGAGCGAGCAGGUGGGCGAGCGGCGGGGCGGCCACCGGCCCCCCCCCCCCCCGCCCCUCCAUGGCCGCCGCCGCCCCCCGGUGAGCGCCGCCGCCCCCGGGGCUCGGUGCCGGUGCCGGGCGGAGGCGGGAUGCAGGCGCGGCGCCUGGCCAAGCGCCCCAGCGUGGGCAGCCGGCGGCUGGGCUCCUGCGGGCCCCCCAAGGCCGAGAGCGGCUGGAGGCCGGCCCGCAGGGAGGGCUCGGCCGCGGCGGUGGAGGAGGAGGACGAGGACGAGGACGCGGCGGUGGUGGAGGUGGACGAGGAAGAGGAGGACGAGGAAGGCGGCGGUGGCGGUGCCGCCUCGGGCAGCCCCCCCCUCCGCGGCAAGGGCCCCAAGGCAGCCAACAUCAAGCGUGAAAUGACCUUCCCUGCAUUUCAACAGGAGGAUGUAAAAAGUGACAUCAGUCAAAAACUGCCAGACCAACAGUUUCUCCUGUUCACCACAAAGGAGGAAGAUUUAAAAACAGCAGAGACCAAAAAACUGAGCAGAGUUCAUGAGUAUGAAAAGGAAAACACUCGUUCUGUUUGUCUUCUUGAACAGAAGCGCAAGGUUGUUUCUUCAAAUAUUGAUGUGCCUCCAGCAAGAAAAUCUUCAGAAGAACUGGACAUGGAUAAAGUAACAGCAGCCAUGGUACUAACCAGUUUAUCCACCAGCCCUUUGGUUCGCAGCCCUCCUGUCCGACCCAACGAAUCCCUAAACGGAUCUUGGAAAGAAGGAGGAUUUGUGCCUUCUAGUACCAGCAGCAGUGGAUACUGGAGCUGGAAUGCUCCCAGUGACCAGUCCAACCCAUCCACCCCAUCUCCACCUCUGUCAGCUGACAGCUUCAAAGCUUUCCGAACGCCUUCCCAGCCAGAUGAUGGUAUUGAUGAAGCUGAAACAAGCAACCUUCUCUUUGAUGAACCCAUUCCUAGGAAAAGAAAGAACUCCAUGAAGGUGAUGUUCAAAUGCCUGUGGAAAAACUGUGGAAAGGUACUGAGCACAGCUGCAGGGAUUCAGAAACACAUACGGACCGUUCACCUUGGACGUGUAGGAGAGUCUGACUACAGUGAUGGAGAGGAGGAUUUUUACUAUACAGAAAUCAGGCUCAACACGGACUCAGUAGCCGAUGGCUUAAGCAGCCUUUCCCCAGUCUCUCCAUCCUUAGCAUCUCCUCCUUCGUUUCCCACCCAAGAUGCAAUCCGUCCUGAAACUUCCUGUGCCAAAACUGAGACUAAAUUGAUGACACCUCUGAGCCGCUCAGCUCCUACCAACCUCUACCUCGUACACACGGACCAUGCUUACCAGGCCACUCCUCCGGUGAACAUUCCAGGGUCAACAAAAUUCACUCCUAACGGCAGUAGCUUUAGCAUCUCUUGGCAGUCGCCUCCAGUUACCUUCACCGGCAUUCCAGUCUCACCAACUCAUAAUCGUCCUGCAGGGAGUGGAGAGCAGAAACAGGCCCACACAGUUCUUUCAUCACCGCCUAGAGUAGCAUUUGGCUUGAGGAAGCCUAGAGGGGAGGGGAAAAAGUGUCGGAAGGUCUAUGGGAUGGAGAACAGAGAUAUGUGGUGUACUGCCUGCCGGUGGAAGAAGGCCUGCCAAAGGUUCAUCGACUAACGAGUGAAAUCCUGCAGCGGAUUUGGGGAUGGGGGAGGACAACAGCAGGACCAGAUUGCUACAGCUGCACUGUAUCACUUCCCGGUUUCCCUCCAGUGAUGUGGUGUUGGUUGUUUUUUUUGUUUUGUUUUUUUUUUUUUGGUUUUUGGUUUGUUUUUUAUUUUUUUAAAAAAAAACGAGAGCUUUGUAUUUCAAAGUGAAGCACUUGUAGCCAAGGAGAAGCACUAAUCAAAACCUGUGUGGAGCAAUAGAGCAAAAAAUAAAUAAAAAGCAAAAACAAGAACAUAUAACAAAAAUCUGUCUUACUAAGUAUCGAAACCAGAGCAGCUAUUAGUGUUUUUCUGUUAAAAAAAAAAAAAAGGAAAAGUUAAUUUUUUGCUAACUCUUUGAGCUACUUGCUCCUUCCGAUCAUUUUUAACCAUUUCAGUCUCUUUGCUGUGAACAUCUGUAUUUGCUAAACUGAACAAUUUUUCUGUUCCUGAAAUGAAGAUCUCUUUUUGAAAGCUUUCUAAUAAACACUUCAGAGUCCUAUAAGCUACCGUUUACUCAGCAAAAGCUGUACUAAGACUGGAGACUGCUAAAUAAUUCUCCUGAUACAAAUAAUCAUGAUGAUAUUAUAUUUUUGAGAGGGGCUAUGGGGAGGAGUUGGGAUUUUUGUUUGUUUGUUUAUAGGAGAAAAACAAAAGCCUGAAUUUUCAAGAAGGGCAAGCAGUGCUCCUGGAAGAUUUUUAAACCAGGCACAGACCAGCGGAGUGGAACAAAGUAAUUCAAGUACCAAAUUGGAUUUUUGAUCUCUGGAGGAAGAAAAGCAGCAAUGGAAAGUCACCAGCAGAUACCGUCACCACACAAGUGGAGGGAAGAAAUUCAGCGAUGCUCGAUGGAAACUCAUGAGAAUACAAUGGGGGUCCAGUAGCUUUUCUUACCACUCUCCCUCUUCCUGGGGAGGACUGACAGUUGGACCAGCACGUCUGCUGCUGCACAAGGCCUGUAGCGAACUGGUAAAUGCAGCCACUAGGAUUAUAUCAAAUACUUAUUCAGGGACAUGAUCCAGCCCAGCAGUUCUGCUCUUGCUUCCUUUUCUCGUAUUUGAGAGAUUGUUGUUAAGAUAACAGUUUGCUCAACGUGUUUUUUUUUCACCUGUUAAAGUUGCUAAAAUUUAUUUUGCGCAAAAAAAAAUGGCAAAGGAAAGAAUAUACCCCCUAUCCACAACAUCAUCUCCGAAAAAGACGUACAACAGCAAAGGAGCAACAUAUUUAUGGUAAAAGUCCAUUUCUUAACUCAUUUCAAUAUACACAUUAACAAGCUUCUGUACUCACAGUACUUGGAUAGAGAUUCUCUGUCCAUUAGGAAGUAUGCACCUGAAUGUGGAAAGCUGUGUUGUCUCAACUUGAUGGAAUUGAUUGACAAUUAUUUUAAUACAAAAAUAAAGUAAGGAUUUACUAGGAUAUGAACGUAUACUGUUACGUAAUGCUUGCCUGUUAAACAAAACAAGACACCUUAAAAAAAAAAAAGCAAAACUUUGCCUCUUAAUAGAGAUACAGAGGCUGAAAAUUUCUGGAUUUCUUUUCAUACCAUUUGAAUUGAGACCAGAUUUUUUUUUAAUUUCUUUAAAUUGUCUAAUCUGCCUUGUCCUCCCUGGGAUAAGGACUCUGAGUAUCUAAACAGCUUUCUAAAAUCUGGUCCAAAGUUCAUUUGGUACUUUAUUGAGCAUGCAUUGCUGCUUUUGCCUGUGUUAAAGCACAAAAUAACGACGCAGCUGUUGAGGAUAUGUGCUAUGAAUUCAGCAAAGUGAUGCUGAGAAGUAAAUAUAUAAUAGGAGCUACUGAUGGUUAUCAUCUGAUUUUUUUUUUAAGCAAGUUAAUUGGGCAAUCAGCUGCCUAAUUUGAACGUGCUAUUUCUGCAGUUGUUUACAAAUUGUGUAAUUUACAUGCACAAGCAGCAGGAUAUGCUUGCAUGCACACAAUUUCUUGAUUUUUUUGAGCCCAGUUGUGUUCUCUUAAGUUAUUCCAAAAAAAAAAAAGAAAAGGAAAUAGAAACCUAGUUAGACCCUGAAAUAUAUAUAUGUGUGUGUCUAUCUAUGUGCAUAGAUGUGUGUGUAUAUGUAGGCACAUACAUAUACACAUAUCUGGGAUCAAGAGGGAUGAGAAGGAUUGUUUUCUUUAUAAAUCUAAAACCAGGCGGUUAAUGUCACUGGAUAUACGUAGCCACUGUUCUAUCAUCUUUUAUUUUUUUCCUCAGCAAAAUGUGGCUCGUGGGUUUUCUUUGGAUAUUGUAUUUUUUCAAUGCCUGUAGUAAAAUGCCUCGUAGUAAUUCAUAGUCUCAAAUUUUGUCUUCAAACACUGAGCUUGCUGUUUCCGUAUUUACUGUGGUCGUACUGACAAAAUCUGGGCCUUUUCAAAGAUACUCCUGCCAAUUUGCCCCCUAUUCUUACAGCACUGCAAGACUAAUUAUAAAAUGUAUCAUAGUUAAUGAGACCAUUGUAAGACUUAACAGUAUUUGCUUAUAUGUUUGUUGUUCCCCUCCUUUUGUAUUUUGCCUUGUUGCUUCAGAGGAUUUUGUAAAAAUAAUGCGUUAGAUUGUAUGUUGGCUCCGUAAUGUCAAGGCAUCACGAGCACCUUUCCUGAGGGCACUUUAAAAUUAUUGUAAUAAGAUUAUUUGUUAUAGAUUUCUGCUCAGAAGAUUGGUUUUCGUGCCAGACCAGGGCGCCCUCUGGUACGGAUUUGCUAUGGAUUACGUAGAGGCACAAGAGCUGCAAAUCAUCAAAAGUGGUAGAAGGUUUGUGUUAACAAGCAGAGGAUGGAAAACACUUAAUCCAGCAUAAAUCCUGCCGGGACAAAAUUAAACUAUCAGUAUUUUUACACAAACUUUAAUCAGCAGAGUUUAUAUUAAAUCAGUUCUGCACCUUUUGGCUGUGGCAUUGUGAUUAACGUGUCUCACUCCCGGCCUGAGCCAGGGAGAUGGCACAGCCCUCUUGAGCUGCCGCAGGGCACCCAGGCACCCAGCUGACUGCCCUUUGUCAUCUGCAAAGAUCCCUUUUGCCUUCUUAACACACCCAGCAAGACCAGAAAUGUCAGCAAAGCCUUUCUCUCUCUGUCUUGGCAUCACAGAGCGCACUCUGAAAUAACUUCUUCCAUUUUUUAGCGUAUUGCUUCGGUGUUGUUCCACGCGGUAUUGUUGGCCUGCAAAUGCCUGGCUCGUGUCAGAGUUCUGCACAGUCCUUCCAGAAACAGUUUAGAUCUCUUUGCUUCCCAGGAAGGGGCUAGCUUGAAUGCUUUGCUUGUUUAGAGCCGUCAGGACACGCCAUUCCCCCAAUUUCCUAUUUCUUUGCAGUUCGUAGGUCGUUCUCUCUGACCUCCCAAAGAUGGGGGGAGCAGCCAGAGCUCGUUACGCCGUGUCUGUGUGCUUCAGGUGGCUGGAGACGUGCACGUUGAUGGCAAGAGCCCGAACCUCCCCGUAAGACACACAAAUGGGAGGAUUUAUUCUGCUAGUUUUAGCCGCUUGCAACCAGUGAUGCUGGGUACAGAGACUGUCGGCAUCAGUAGCAGAGUGGCUGUCAACAGAGCAGCUCCCAAAUACAUCAGGAUUUCUCUUCCUGGAACAAAGCUGUUUCCCAUGUCCCCAUCCUAUAGGAAACAGCAGCUGUUGGAUAGCGCUAGCUCCGAUCAUCUUGCUCCUAAAAAUUUGUUUCCACCCCAGCGUGCCUGAUUCUCCAGUGCCUUGCACAAGUGUGAAAGGAUACACAGGAUGCAAAGUGAGCAGAAGCUCUUCCAUGAAGCGACGUGCAGGUACCCGUUUUUGUGUGAGCCAGAGCUGCAGGGCCUGCUCGUGUCACCACACUGAGCAGAAAACCUUCCUGCUGGGUUUCCUUACCCACAUCGUUGGCCUGGCAUGAACACCGGCUCUCUGACGAUGCGUGGAUCCCUCGCAGCCCUUCUCCAUCACCUGCUUUCCUUGCUCCUUCUCCCCUUCCUUGUGUGAGGUAACAGAGGUAGGACCACAAAGGAAGGCAAAGCUUCAGCAACAGGUUCUUGCGGAACCUGUGCUUAACAAUGGGUUCUGGCUCCACGGCAUGGCCCAAACGUAUUCCUUGUUGCUGCGUUUGGGUUUUCUCAUUCAUCCUGACCCAGUAAGACAGUCUGAUACGGGCUGCGACCAGCUGAAGUGGUCCCAGAUCACAGGACAGGCAGGCCCAGCCAAAAGUGUGGCAUACAAAGUCAUUUCUUUCAUCCUCUCUUUGUGUCAUACGUUGAGAAACCAUCUCAGGAGGAAGGCAAGACACGCAAAGCUUGCUGGCCAUGCGUAGAGCAGGUUGCCAGAAAGGCUUGUUUCUGUCGGUAUAAACUCCAGUCAUCUGUAGGGAGGCGUUGUGCUGCUCCUUUUCUUAAAAUACUUGGAUCAGGAAGUGUUUGUGAAGUCUCAUUUUGUCUUCUGCUGACACGUUAUCGACCUUCCUGUAGGUGGUAGCACUGGAACUGGGACCUGGCAGGGUGCUGGGUCUAUCCUGUGGCUGUCGGGGUUUUGCUGGUGGAAAACGGGGCUGUUACAAAGCAGCAUGGUGGAGGUGUGGUUCCAGGGUGAGCAGGAGGCUUUUAUGACACCUUUAGCAACGUAAUUAGAGAGUAAGUCAUUAGCAGACGCUAAUCAAGCUGACGGUUUGAAUACAUUCAGUAUCUGCUAGGUGGAAGCAGCCCUUGGCUGCGUCUGCUUGACCUUGAAAAGCUUCCUCAGGGCUGCAGAAAAGCCAGUGCACAGCUGGAACUGAUAACGCCCACUUGUAGGCCUUUCUCCACCUUGGACUACAGCGCUUCCGCGUGGACGGCCAUCUCACUGCUGCCCAAACACAAGAUACAAAGGCCUUGCAUCUUCAAUUCCUGAGUUUGUAGCUCGAUGUGAAGAGCACUGCCUGUCUGCUUUUGGCUUCACACAGGCCGUUUUGCGUAGCAAUCCCAAAAGGCCCUGAAAGCAGGGCCUGCUGCUGAUGGCACCACGUGAAAUAAACUACUUGUUGCUCCUGUUCUUGCUUAUGCUAACAGCAAGAAUCCACUCGAAAUGUGAGGGAAUGGGUAAAUUCAAUAACUAGCUAGGGUCUUGCUUUUUUAACACGUCUUAAUGCCAAGAUUUUUUUUUUCCUUCAGUGUUUGAAUGUAAACGUGAGAUAUCCAAAUUACCCUUGGUAGAAAUUAAUUUAGCAAGGCAGACACUAUUUCAGCUUUUCUGUUACCUUGGACUACACAAAACAUUACACUAAUGGGGUAGGGUGUCCAUACUAAAUCAAAAUUCUUGAUCUAGUUCCUUGCCAAGGAGGAACGCUGACACGUUUGGAUGUAUUUGCCACCUUUGCCAAAGGGGAAGGCCAGGUUUUCCACCUCGCAUUUGAAACCAGACCUCUUCAAAAAUGUAUGAUUGACCUCCCACUCUUCAUCUUACCGUGUUUCGCCCUCCAGCCAUUAGCAUGUAACGUGUAAUGUUCAGAUAAACAGACGUCACUAAAAUGUUUAUACAAAAUGCCUUGGGAAAACUAACAACAACAACAACAACAAAAAAAAAAGAUUAGGGUAAUGCAGAUUUCCUCAGGGAGCAGAGGAGGGUUGUAAAGGCAAGGUGUAGUUUUAUUUGAAUAGAAGAUGGAUAAGAAUUUUAUUUCUUUUUUUUUCUAUUCUAGGCAAAAUCUGAAGAGCAAUAUGUCACUACUUGAAUUAUUAAUGCAUUAUUAAUGCGUGGAAGGAAGCAUUAAUUGGGGAAUGUGAGCUCACUCGGCACUAACGCUUAUGAAGGUCCAAACACAAGCCAGACAUUUUAGCUGAUACAAAAUACAGAAAGUGAGCUUGAACCAUAACCUAAAUGUAGUAUAAACCUAUACAUUUGUAGAAGUCUUUCCAAAUCUGCUGUAAAUAUAAAGGGUUCUCGUUCAUAUAGCUGCUUGGUCAAAGCAUACUUUGUCUAUAAUGGAAUUACCAAAUGACUUCAGCAAGCAAAAAAUCAGAGACUAGGAUGAUAACCCUGAGUACUCCACUGUGCAUGGUGCUAAUUUCUACAUGAAAUUAAAAGAGACCAUGCCACCACCAAACUCCUUCCAUAUCUGCGAAGGCUUCAGUCACCCCAAGGUCCUACCGAUCCAUAUUAACCAGUGUUUUGCAAGAAUAGAUAUGCAAUUUCUCAACUUUUUCCUUAUUUAUACAGAAUUAUUUUUUUGCCCAUAAUAAUUUUUCCUAUCUUUUUCUGUUGUCCAGGACCUUCUUUCUGCAGAUUCUUAAAUACGUACACUGAAGUGAAUAAGAAUGCACACCAAAAUCUUCAGUAUUGGGACCUAGACGUGUGAAUCGCACGCGGUGUCAGGACUUUGGGUGUCGCUACUCACCUGUAGGAGCUGCGGCACUGAUGCCAGGCAAUGUCUCGUGGCAGGGCUGCCCGUGAUCCUCAGGGCAGAGCAGGGCAGGGCUGGCUGCACAGACGGGGCAGCUUGGUCCCAAAAGUAGGCUCAGCACCACUGAGGUGCUCAAGGAAGCCUUUAGCCUUCCUAAAGCCAGGCACACGCCUUGUACUUUUCUGAAAUCGGGCUGUGGAAGGAGCUAAUGUUUGUACAGCUUUGAGCAAAAUAUGCACUUUGUAAGACAAUCUAUCUUUUUCUGAUUUUACGCGAUUCGUGUUGUGUGUGUAGGAGAUGAGAUGAAUUUAGUGGACUCUUGGAUUUUAUUUUUUUGCGUUGUAAAGGGAACAUGAGAAAGAAGAAACAUUUAAUUGUGCAUUUUAACACGUGAAAGCAUUUCUUAGAUACAUAGAGGUGUCUAUUUGCCAGCAAGCUCAACGGGACUUACUUGAGCACAUCAGAAAAAAAGGCAUGAGAAGCAUUUUUUGUGUGUCGUGCUGCCUGUAUCCCUUGUGUGCUCCCUGCUCCUCCGGGGAGCUGGAGGCACAGAGUUCUGAGUAUGCAAGGAAAUAAGUAACCUUACCUAAAAACUUGAGGGUAUUGUGCUGUUAGGCCACAGAUGAUGCUGUCUUUGUGUGAUUUUUUAGUGUUAAAAGAGCAUCAGUGCUGUUAGUGACAAUAGAAGGUAGUCUUAUUAGCAAGGUGCAAUACUUACAAAGGGCUAAAUUUCGGAAACAAGCGGUGUGUGUAUGUACAGCACUGCAAAAUGUGCACUCUCUUUUUUUUAAUGAGCUUUUAUAGCACUGGGAUCUUAUUACCUCUCUGAAGUGAUGAUGUUGGUAUAAUUUUAUAUCCAUUCAUUGUAAGCUACGAAACAGAAUUUGGGAUUUCCUAAGAACCAAAAGGAAGAGAGGGAAACCUGUAAAUUGCAUAGAGUAGUGGUGUGUUGUCUUACAGGGCAGAAGUAACCCAAAGCACCUUUACAAAGCUAUACACAUGUUGGAUUAGUGACAAAAAAAUAUUGCCUUUGGUUACAGAAAUUGUUUAGUCUGGAACCACCAGUGAUGUCAGAAAAAUGCCUACUUCUGAGUAAAUUCUGCUCUGUCUGUUGCAUUUUAUUACUGGGCUUUACCUGUUUGUAUUCUAGUUGUGAAGACGUUUCCUAAAUCAGCAAUAGAUGGCCUGAAAUCAGAUUCUUUUGGAAAUAAUUUUUAAAAGGAAGAGAUUUCUUCCUUCAUUGCACUGCAUGGUCUGAACGAUCUGCUCAUUCUUAAGCAGAGAGCUCGUCAAGGAAGUGGGUAUGUACAAAAAGAUUGCUGUAUUUAAAUACAAUCUGUAUCUGUAUUUAAAUGUCAGGUUGAAAUGAUCCGGGCUGUUGAGCAGGAGGUGGGUGUUCAGUUGUUUCCCUCUGACUCUUCUAGUAAAGGGCCAAAGGACGAAAUGAAAUUAGGAGAUGUUACUGAAACAGGCUUGAGCCAUGAGGCACAGCCUGAAACAAAAUAGCUCAGGAAAGCAAAGUUGAAUGAAACUUCUCUCUUGGCACAUUUUACUUGUGAUGAGGCCAGAGGCUUGAGAGUAAGGGGUUACACACAGUAAACUUCACAGUACCAUCGUCGUUCAGAUGCUACUUUGCAGUGUGCUGCCACUUCUGUGGCCUCAUCCCUGUUGGUUUUGGUACGAAUUCAUUCCACCUGCCAAAGCACCACACUAUUUUCCAUGCAGAAGGGAAGGAUUCUGCCACCCAUCAGUAGCCAACCCUGGCUUUAUUUCUUUUCUGUAACAGCGUACCUGACCUGCUGACGGAGCUUUCUUGCCCAAAUGAAUAAUUUUUUCUCAGAAGCAUCCUAAGCCAAAUAUGUUCAGAUGCUAAAGUUACUAAAAACUAGAUUGUGUAAUGAAUUGACCAGAAAACACCAAAUUCAAUGAAUCAAACAGCAUCGAUGCAACCUUUUGCGCUGAUCGUCUUUCACACAGGUUGAAGGUCAAAAAAAGCAUUUUCCCCUCCCAAGCUAUGCAGACAGUUAGCAGGAAUUCCUUCUGAUUAAUCUGAGGAGGAGAGGAAAAGGAGCUCGUUUUAUUUAAAUUACAAGCUUGAUAAAAAGUCUUGUUACACAAUUAAGAGUAAAACGUGCUGUAACGAGCUGAGCCCUCGAAGCAUCACAUUUUUUCUCCAGAGUGGAAGGUCACUGAGUAAAACACGGUGCUGUCAGAGCAGAAAGCAGAGGCAGUGGUCUCCCUGCUCCCAGAGCCGUGCUGCACCUCGGGGACACCUCUCCCUUCUGUGCCCCGUGAGCUGGCCAAAGGCAACUCCCCAGGAUCUGCUGGAAUCCAGCAAGAAGCCCCGAAACCAGGCCGGUGUUGGGUUUGAGCCUCAGGUUAAGGGAGGCUUAAAUCCCAACUCCCCUUCCUGAGUGUCUUAUUGGCAGGCUGUUACAAAGGGGGCACUGCUCCAUCGCUUUCCCUGUGGGAUUUCGGACACAGUACCAGCCGCCAGCGCCCACAGUACCAGCGCGUUUGCAAGGAACAAGGAGCAACAACCAGGUGUUGUUGUCUUUGUCAGUCACGGGUUUUGGGGAAUAUUCUUUUAGAUUUAGAGCUCUACACCUCACCUAACACCCGGCUUCACAGCAGCUUGGGUUGGCCCAAGCUUGGAGAAUGUAGAGUAAAUUUAAGUUCCUUCUUAAAAAUAUUUUUCUGCAUUAAUAUUUUUAGAACCAGCGCAUUUCCUCCUUCCCUUGGUGUAAAUCUAUUUCACAGAGCUUUAAUGUGCUCUGCACUGCACUUUAUGAACUUUUUCACCUGUUGGGCCACGUCUGUUUGAUGUCCAAGACAAGAAACUCCUUGUUACUCUAGUUUUACCCAGAAAUUAACCGUGACACUCAGAUGUUUUGACGAAAAUACAAGUUCCAUAAAAUGUAGCAAAUGAACUAUUUAGAUUGGAAAUCUUUUAAUGAUAAUGCUGAGGGAUGUUGUAGCUGUUAACUGGUUUAUUAUGUAGUAAAUUCAAUAUAUUAGCGGGUUGCAUGAUUUAAAAUGGAAUAUGGAUAAGCAGGAGACAAAGCGCUAGAUUUGCUUGGAUACAAAACCUGCAUUAGUUUUAUUGAUAUGGGCCUUAAAAAAUAGUUUAAAGAAGUGUAAAGUCAUUUAAUAAGCCAAGUUGAAAUGAGAAGAGUUCCCAGAAAAGUUGAAAUCAGCUUCACUUAGUUACCAAAGAGAGGUUUUCAGUAGUCUAACACAACCCUGGGUGCUGGGCAGUCUCUGAACUCACAGAAGGAGGAUAUACCACAGAGUUAGAGGAUCGCUGGAUCACAGCAUCACGGCCAUGGUGUGGGUUGGAAGGGCCCUAAGAGAUCAGCUACUUCCACCCCCUGCCAUGGGCAGGGACACCUCCCCAGAAGCUGUGUGUGAGCACCAGAAGCCAUACGUGAGCGCGCGUUUUCCUGCUUUCAUCAGGAGCUCUCCAAGCUCUUACGCUAACAGACCUGCUUCCAGGCUGAUAACGUUAUUCCCAUUUGUGGUUUUUUUUUUUUUUUUUUUGGCUUUAUUCCUCCCAGUUUGGGGAACCAAUAUCCUAUAGACAAUCUUCUUGUUCCUAGAUGUGCUAACGAAGAAAUCGUCUUCCUUCUGAUCUUGGUGUCACACGUAGGGCCCUAAUACCAUUGCAUGUGGGUUAGCUUCAGGAUUUUUAGCUGCCAGUUUCAGUGCUUUAAAUGGACAAUUCCUCUGCCCCAGUGCAGAAUCCCUUAAAAACUAAAGGCCCCUUUUCUUUUACUUUGUCCAAACGGUGUUUGUGCCAAAUAGAAGUGGGGAAAUCUGUGGUGACUGUGUGUGGAGCACAGAGCAGUAAAGGGGACAAGGGGCCGUGUUGCUCCCUCCUUCCUUGGGCAAAUCCUUCUGGGCUCUCCACUCCCUGGCUGAUCAGUGAGUGUGUGACCUCGGGCACCCCAAUAUCCCGUGUCUGCAUCCCCAGGCGCAAGCAGAGGCUGACUGCUGAGCCCAGCAGCGUGGGUGCAGUCCCUGUUUGAGUUGCAAAUAUAACAUCGCCUUGCCCUUUUUCCAUCAAGCUUCCCCCACAGAAGACAAUCAGGAGCAGGGGAUGCUGGUGAGUGGCUGGCCUUCAGCAGCACAGCAGCAGCUCUGCUGCCCGACUGCUUUCUGUGCUUUUAUGUGUGUUUGAAGGAAGGCUUAAAAAGAGAGAGACUUUUGCAUGUAGCUGAUACUUACUGGCAGUCUGAUAUCUGAUUGCCCUCUGGGGGCAGCCUGUGAGCAGCGCUGCAGAUUUAGGUGAGGUAAAUCCACUGCCAGCCACUUGGACAUGGCUAACAACUGCUUCUUAGAAAAAGAAAAAAAAAGUGUUUGAAAUCUUUGUGUCUGCAUCUGAGUGGAUCCUGUGUGCUGAAUCAAAGCACUUCAAAUCGACUUGAGCUACACAGGGAGUCAGUAGUGCAAGUGGUGACACCCCAAACGUUUCAGAUAUUUUUCUUAAAAACAUUUGUGAAAUUAGCAGUGUGCGUAUUAAUGUCUAAAAAGCCUAUGAAAAUUGAGUUUAAAUACUAAAAACCACAUGCUUUGUACUUGAAACUGGAAAGCAAGACUACUGAACUAUUUAAUUUGCUAAGCACCAGCUCCUGGGUUUGUUAAUGCACUAAGCCAGCUUUUUGACAGAGUCACUGUUUUGAAAUACAGAGAAAGAAUAGUUUCUUCUCAAAUUAUUGGAGCAAUUCAGGAAAUUAAUUCUUUGUUUCUAGUCACUGGGUUUUAGAAGGAGGCCAGAAAGAGCCCUCAUCCUCUUGUGCUUUUAAUAUUCAUUAUUUGUAUGGAAAAAAAUAUUUAUUUUUUUUUUGGUUUUUAAUUUCUCUGUGAAUUAUCAGUUCACUAGCUACAGGCAGCGUUUCUUCACUUUGAUUGCCAAACGUGUUUUUAAUAAUUUUACUCUUCUCCUUGAAAAUCCUGAUAGCUACAUUUUUUCUAGUUUUAAAGAAGCUUUCUGUGCAAUUUGCUUAGGUAUGGUUGACUAAAAAUUGCAGAGAAGAAUCUAAGCCAUCUUGUAAGUGCAUGGACCAGUUUUUCCUAAAGUAAAAAUUAAGAAUGUGAGAAAACAAGAGCAUGAAGAAUCAUGAACAAUGUUGCAGCAUUUCUGAAUUAAAUAUUUUUGGAACAUCCUGACUAGUAAAAUUUGCUAAGUUUUGUUGGAGUUAUAUUCUGUUGCACAUCACUGUGCUUUAGUAAAUGAGAAAGCAAAUUUUCUUCAGAAAAAAUAAAUAAAUAAAUAAAUAAAAAAAUAAAAUAGAAAUAGAAAACAAGAUUAAAAGCAAUCAUUUAAACCCAGGUUUUCUGCUUGUUUUGAAGCCCAUCCUGCCUGGUACAUCACUGUUGUGUUCAGGGACGCUCAGGACAACAGAUGCUCCUCCCGGGAAGCAGCCAGGUUCCAAAGUGGUGACUGAAAGAAAAGCCGCGAGCAAACUUGUAGAGUUUUCAAAAUAUUAGCUCAGCUAUUGCCAAAAAAAAAAAAAAAGCAUGAAAGCACUACUAGUUACUGAACGAGAAUUUCAGCAUUUUAAAAGAAUCACUUUUUAAUCUAGCUCAUUGCCGUCUUUAAAUCCAGGUUUCUGUUGGCCUGCUCGCUUGUCUGUCAGGGCUUGUAAUUGCUGAUAAGCCUCAGGGCAGGUUUAUCAACGCUGGUGCUCAGAUGGCCACCAGUGAGCUGGAAUCUCUCAAAAUCCAUGGUAAUGUUACACAUUUUUUGAAGAAACAGGAGGCUUUGAAGGGAAACCUACUUCAAGUUAUCUCAAAAAAGCAAGAAGAAGCUGCUUCUUUCUGUGGGAAAUGCCAUGGCGUUGCCAUUAAUCACAAGACGUGUGCUUCAUUGCUGUCCCGUAGCUUUGUCAGGUUGCAUUCCUGCUGAGAGCAGACGGUGAUGGACCCACCUAGCGAGGACGCUCCCUUAGACCUGUGCGAAUGAAUGUACACACACCAGCUAUGCACCUCACAGGGCUAUAUCCCCUAUCUCACGUUGGCUCCUUUCCAACCUUUUCCUCUAGGUGAGUGGCUCCCAAGCUGCAGGAGCUGGCGGCGCCCCCGCCCCCAUUAGCACUUGGUCCUGCCUGAUGUGCUUCCGAGCUUUGGCAAGGCGAGAGGUGGGAGCGGCACUCGGGCCUUCACCCUGAGCACCGCCAGGGCCUCAGGGCUUGGGGUGUGCAAGAGAGAAGGAUCGGGGCUCGGUCUGAAUGUACCCGCUGUUGGAAGGCCGUGGACAGAUGAGCAGGGUUGUCUUGUUCUUGUAGCUGAGGUAAUUAAAUGAAGGGAAAGGUACCGCGUGCAUUAAUACUUGUAUUUGGGGUUGUUGCUGUGAUGUGCAUCAGCCCAAUAGGAUCAAUGAAUGAAGUGUGUUCUUAACGGUUUAUCUUCAAGGAAGAAAGACCCAAAAACAAUUAAAGAUACACAAGGAACACCCUUGCUUUAGAGUAAAGCAAGCCUGGACUGAUCAACAAAGAAAGGUUUUGUUUAUAUGCAACCUAUUCAAAUAUUUGCUGCUGGUGUGAAGGCAGUGGUAUUUCUUCCUACCCAGAUAUGUGCACUCAUCUACGUUAUGCUUAAUUGAAAAAUAUUUUUACAGUAUGUGUUUGUAUUUGGUGGGCUACGGCCCGUAAUUUUAUAUUCUUUACAAGAAUUAGAGUGGAAAUUAUGUUUCCCAAUUUAUCGAGCUACCUGACCGUGCUGUUUGCAUAAAGCAUACUUACAGUACCUUGGAGGAUUUGGGUUUUCAUUUUGUUUUGUUGUUCAAAUGCCAUCCUUAAAAAAACGCAGUGCUCUUUGUAUGUUGCCUAACAGAAAAGCAUGUUCCUUACCAGGGCCCCUACAACGUGAUCCACAGAACACAGUGAUGUGAAAAAAAAAAUGCUUGAGGCCAGGUCUUCAUGGGCUAUCUGCCGAAAUACCUGCAGUAGGUGUGCCCGUGGCCAUCAGCAGAGGGGCUGCCCUGGGGGGUCAUGCUGUAGGGGUGCUCGGUGCGGUACGGGGGGCUCCUCGGAGCUGGGAGACGCCGUGUCCGGGACGUGGCCUGGAGGAGCAACAAGAAAGACCCGACUGCAUUUCUCUGCAACCUGCAACCCCCUGGGUCUGGCACAGCUCCCGCGGCCGUCCCUCAAAGCCAAGCUCUGAGCGUGGCGGCCAGGCCGUCACCAAGAUAACUUUUUAAAACGAGAACGAGCUUCCAACUCUGGCACUAAUGGAAAUAAAUACUGAAUACUUUUAGUAUAUAUAUAUAUAUAUAUUUGGAAAGUAUUUGAAGAAAAAAUAAAAAAAAGUGUUUUGUCUUUUUUUAUACGACUUUUAGCCAAAUAGAAGUAUUCUGAUUAUUACUGCUGUGGGCAGCUGUCCACCUGUACAUAAACUCAGAUAUUCAGGUGCGUGAACCUGAGGAGAGUAAAUAAAUAAAUAAAGACUGUUCUCUGGCUAUGCGCUUUGCUAGCUUUUGGUUCCUUUGUACAUAAGAGGCAACUGUUUAAAUGUUGGGUGGGGUUUUUUAUUUAAUUGCUGUUCCUCUAAAGAAAGAAGAAGAAGAAGAAGAAAAAAAA